UGAAAAUACUUGCAUUCUUGCUAGUAACGUUGCAUUUCAUUCUCAAAGGUCUCCUGCUUAGUUCAACACUCAUUCUAUCCGGACAAAUUUCUCAUCUUCUUAUCUUUGCAACUCUUUAAUUUGUUUUCACAAAAAAAUGGCCGACGCUUUGCUUGGAGUUGUGUCUGAAAAUUUGACGUCUCUCCUUCAAAAUGAAUUUGCAACCAUUUCUGGAAUCAGGUCAAAGGCUCGAAAGCUAUCAGACAACUUAGUUCACAUCAAGGCUGUUCUUGAAGAUGCUGAGAAGAAACAAUUCAAAGAACUCUCUAUUAAGCAAUGGUUACAAGACCUCAAAGAUGCUGUUUAUGUGCUCGGUGAUAUCCUUGAUGAGUACUCGAUCGAGUCUGGUCGACUGAGAGGAUUUAACUCUUUCAAACCAAUGAACAUCGCGUUUCGCCAUGAGAUCGGUAGCAGGUUUAAAGAGAUUACAAGGAGGUUAGAUGAUAUUGCUGAAAGUAAGAACAAGUUUUCUCUACAGAUGGGUGGAACUCUUAGGGAAAUCCCAGAUCAAGUAGCUGAAGGGCGCCAAACCAGCUCCACCCCUCUUGAAUCAAAAGCAUUGGGAAGAGACGAUGAUAAAAAAAAGAUUGUCGAGUUUCUUCUCACCCAUGCGAAGGACUCUGACUUCAUUUCUGUCUAUCCCAUUGUUGGUUUAGGUGGUAUUGGAAAAACAACUCUUGUUCAAUUAGUCUACAAUGAUGAUCGCGUGAGUGGCAAUUUUGAUAAAAGAAUUUGGGUUUGUGUUUCUGAGACUUUCUCCUUCGAGAGGAUUUUGCGUUCUAUUAUAGAAUCUAUCACAUUAGAGAAGUGUCCUGACUUUGACUUAGACGUAUUGGAAAGAAAGGUGCAAGGAUUGUUGCAAGGGAAAAUAUAUUUGUUGAUUUUAGAUGAUGUGUGGAAUCAAAAUGAUCAAUUGGAAUCUGGGUUAACACCCGAUAUAUGGACUCGUUUGAAAUCUGUUUUGUCAUGUGGAUCAAAAGGUAGUUCCAUUUUAGUGUCAACUCGUGAUAAGGAUGUUGCAACAAUCAUGGGAACAUGCCAAGCUCACUCUUUGUCUGGUCUCUCUUACAGUGAUUGUUGGUUGUUGUUCAAACAACAUGCAUUUAGACAUUACAGAGAAGAGCAUACAAAGCUUGUGGAAAUAGGAAAGGAGAUAGUAAAGAAAUGUAAUGGAUUGCCUCUUGCAGCAAAAGCAUUGGGAGGUUUAAUGGUCUCAAUGAAUGAAGAAAAGGAAUGGCGUGAUAUUAAAGACAAUGACCUUUGGGCUUUACCACAAGAAAAAUCUAUUUUGCCUGCUUUGAGGCUGAGUUACUUUUAUUUAACACCAACUCUAAAGCAAUGUUUCUCUUUUUGUGCUAUAUUUCCUAAGGAUAGAGAAAUCUUGAAAGAAGAAUUGAUUCAGCUUUGGAUGGCUAAUGGAUUAAUUUCAUCUAUGGGUAAUUUGGACGUUGAAGAUGUUGGAAACAUGGUUUGGAAGGAAUUGUACCAAAAAUCAUUCUUUCAAGAAAUCAAAAUAGAUGAAUAUUCUAGAGAUAUUUAUUUCAAGAUGCAUGAUCUUGUUUAUGAUCUCCUUCAUUCAGUAGUGGGGAAAGAAUGUAUGUAUUUGGAGGAUAAAAACGUUACUAAUUUGUCACGAAGCACACACCACAUUGGUUUUGACUACACAGACUUGUUAUCCAUCAACAAGGGUGCCUUCAAAGAAGUUGAAUCCUUGCGAACAUUGUUUCAGUUGAGUGAUUAUCAUCAUUAUUCCAAAAUAGAUCAUGAUUACAUCCCAACAAACCUUUCUCUUCGGGUUUUGCGCACAUCCUUUACCCAUGUGCGAUCACUAGAGAGUUUAAUUCAUUUAAGGUAUUUGGAGCUUCGUAAUCUUGUCAUAAAAGAGUUGCCUGACUCAAUUUACAACUUGCAAAAAUUGGAAACCUUGAAAAUAAUACGCUGUGAUAAUCUGAGUUGUCUUCCGAAACACUUGGCCUGCCUACAAAAUCUUAGACAUAUAGUCAUUGAAGAUUGUUGGUCUUUGUCUCGAAUGUUUCCUAGCAUUGGAAAAUUAUCUUGUCUAAGAACAUUAAGUGUGUACAUUGUUAGUUUAAAGAAAGGGAAUAGCUUGACAGAGUUACGUGAUCUAAAACUUGGUGGAAAACUGAGUAUCAAAGGCUUAAAAGAUGUUGGCAGUAUAUCUGAAGCUCAAGAAGCCAAUUUGAUGGGUAAAAAAGACCUUCAUGAAUUAUGCUUGUCUUGGGAAAGCAAUGAUAAAUUUACCAAGCCACCAACUGUAAGUGCUGAGAAAGUACUCGAAGUGCUUCAACCUCAGUCAAAUCUCAAGUGCUUGGAAAUAAAUUGCUAUGAUGGAUUGUGGUUACCAAGUUGGAUAAUUAUUCUUAGUAAUUUAGUUUCUUUUGAACUUGAGAAUUGCAACGAAAUUGUGCAGCUUCCGUUAAUUGGUAAACUACCAUCUCUAAAAAAACUGACAAUAUCUGGUAUGUAUAAUCUGAAAUACUUGGAUGAUGAUGAAUCUCGGGAUGGUAGGGAGGUGAGGGUUUUCCCAUCUCUGGAGGUACUCGACUUAUUUUGUCUACAAAACAUAGAGGGGUUAUUGAAAGUGGAAAGAGGGGAGAUGUUUCCUUGUCUUUCUAAGUUGAAAAUCUCCAAAUGCCCUAAACUUGGAAUGCCAUGUCUUCCAUCUCUUAAAUCCCUCGAUGUCGAUCCAUGUAACAAUGAGUUACUGAGAUCAAUCUCUACUUUCCGUGGUCUUACUCAGCUUUCCCUACUUGACAGUGAAGAAAUAAUAACAUCCUUCCCAGAUGGGAUGUUCAAAAACCUUACUUCUCUUCAAUCUUUGGUUUUAAAUUAUUUCACAAAUCUAAAGGAGUUACCAAAUGAACCCUUUAACCCAGCUUUGAAACAUCUGGAUAUCUCUCGUUGUCGUGAGUUGGAGUCCUUACCAGAGCAAAUUUGGGAAGGUCUUCAAUCCCUUCGAACUCUAGGAAUUAGUUAUUGUAAAGGAUUGCAAUGCUUGCCGGAGGGUAUUCAACACCUCACUUUCCUUAGGACUCUAAAGAUUUGGGGUUGUGAAGGAUUGCAAUGCUUGCCAGAAGGCAUUCAACACCUCACUUCUCUUGAGCUUCUGACUAUCGGUUAUUGCCCCACAUUAAAGUUACGAUGCAAAGAGGGAACAGGGGAGGAUUGGGACAAGAUAGCUCAUAUUCCAAAAAGAGAUAUUCGUGAGUUUUGAAUGGGAUUAAGACGCAAAGACGUUUACCCUUCAAUUAUAGUGAAAGAGAUCCAGAGUACAUGAAAUAUAUUUUACUGUUCAACCAGGAUAAAUGUUCUAAUUCAGGAAUCAAGAAGAAAAUAUAUUUGGUGUUUCUGCUGCUGGCUUGUCACAUUUCCGAAUAAACUUGCUAUGCCACUCCUGUUUUUUCACUAUGGUCUCCUAGUUAUGUUAGUUUCUCUUUGGUCUUUCGUAGGCUUUGGUUGUAUUGGUCUGAACACAUUUCGAAGAAUGAGCACAGGAGUACACAAGAUAUUUUAUUGAUCAACUUUGGGGUAGUUUACAAAUAAUUGUACAGAUUUUUAAAGAAUAUUGACAGUUGUCAAUGUAUGCACUAAACUCUUUGACCAACCUGUGAAGGAUUAAACAUUUUCUUGGUUGCAUAUUUGAUUUCUAAGUAUUUCUCAAGACAUUUAUCUUGAAGAAGAUGAAUCACUUGCUUUCUCAGUUUUUGUGUGGAAUGUCUACGGGUAAAAUUAUUGUGAGAAUUGGGCCAUAUCUUUAGAAUUGACGCUUUGCUUGUUAAUGCAACAAAUCAAAAAUCUUGGUUCAAGCUAUUAGCCAGACAUGUUGUGGAACAUAUGGAGAAGAUCUGUAAUGAAUGUUUUUAUGAUUGCUGAAGUUCCCCAUGAGUUGGUUGAGCUUCUACAAAAUACAACAUAAUUAUGAUUUUAUUUGAAACUUCAACCUGCUAUGUUUGGUAAAAGGUGAUGGUCUUUCAUGUAAGACAUGUUUAUGGAAGAGUUGGCAGUUCAAGUUUAAUCAGAGGAAACACCAAUAGUCAGAAUUGGCGAUGUGUUGUCAAGCAUAUUUUAAGAGUGAAGUUUGAGAUGUAGAAGAGUGAGAUGCUUGUCGGAGGGUAUUUGACACCUCAUUUCUCUCGAGGUUCUGAAUAUUCAUUGUCCAACAAUAAAGGAGCAAUGCAAGGAGGAAACAGGAGAGGAUUGUAACAAGAUAUCUCAUAUUCUGGAAUUACGCAUCAGUUGAUGAUAUGCCUCUCAUGUCUCUUGACUAUGGUUUCCUUGUUAUGCGAGUUUCUCUUUUGUCUUUAAUAGGAACCACUUGUUACAUAGUUGUUAAAACAUCUUUUGACUGAGGGAAUCCAAGAUCUACAUGUGUGUAAUACUCCGGAAAUGAGGCCCUGCGUUCAUCAUUGUUGCUUACCAAAGGGAGCAAUGUGAUGCUUAGCAUGUUACAACCAAAGACAGAAAAUCUGCAGAUAUGCUGCUGAAUCCCAACCAUGUUUGUGUCGGACAAUAUUAAUUGAUCAAGUUGUGUCCACUGCUUUUCCUGAAAGCAAGAGGAUGCUUCAGCUGAACCACAGAAACUAUAAGAGGUGCCAUUUAUUUCUCUUUGAACUAUGGCUAUUGUUGAAUGCGAGGAAUUGAGAUCCUUGCCAGAAGGUAUUUGACACCUCAUUUCACUUGAGUUUAUGAAUAUCCAUGGUUGCCUAAAAUUAAAGGAGUGUAAGGAGAGAACAGGCGAGGAAUGUGACAAGAUACCACAUAUACCAAAAAUUGUUUAUUGGAAUGAAGAAGACAUCUUUGAAUUGAUUUAUGUGAAACAUGUGAUUUUUGUCUCAGACGAAAUCAAUUAAAGAUGUCAACCUGAUGGGUCAGAUUAUCGUUAUCGCGUCUACACUUCCGUUGAUGCUGGUAUUGAUAUGGUUAUGGUUCUUCAUUUAUGAAAUAGUCCCUUCAUGUAUGAAAUAUUUAUGGAAAGUUGGAGUUACAAGUUCGAUCAGGGGAAACACCAAUAGCCAGAAUUGGUGAUGUUGUUGAGCAUAUUUUAGGAGUGAAGGUUGCUGCUGAAGAUUUCAAUUUCCUUUAACUGAUAUCUCUUUACUGGUUAUCGUUGGUUUCCAUAACAAAAGUGAUUCUUUAUUUUUCAAUAUCAACUAGUACUAAUGUUGCAGACAUAAGUGAUUCUUUA